CCCUCAUACCCUUUGUGGCAAACGGGCCAAAAAAGAAAGACGGCUCAAUGAUGAGGCACGAUACUGUUGCCAUCGGCUUUUGCGCUUUGGCGUUAAGCUUUCUCUUCGUCAAUGCCGAGACGGCACAAGACACAUCUUACAUUUAUCUUGACAACACGCCAUAUGUCGCCAGCGUAUCCAACGUAGUAGAGUUCUCUUGGCCUACUUUACGUGACGCCUUCAAAUCCCCAAAUCGCUCAGAUGUGGCCUCCUACUCAGGCUUUGACUGGACAAAGCCUUAUCCUGGGACGCCUUUGUCUGGGUUCUCGGCGCACUUGCGUAUUGCUGAUGAAUUGGCUUUUCCAAGCUCAGUAACUACGGAAGACGUCAAGACCAAUGUGGCAUCCAUUUCAUACGGAGCCCCACCGUCGUUGAUGGACAGCGAUGGCUUUCCAGCGAAGAUGCACUCUUCAUGGUACAUCUGCCAGCACUACUAUGUCAGCACGGUUCCAGAUCCCACCCAGGAGGUUGAGCAUGACUGCUCGUUUCUUCCAACGCAAUGCCAACAAGACCUGAAGAGCAGUUUCGUCAAGAAAUGGGGCUCUUUUGAGAGCGAGACGGGCUCCAUGUGCGGUGGCAAUGCCCUCGAACUCAUCACUCCAAGCUGCCGCGAUGCGUUAGGCCUCGUAACAGCAGACGUGCUAGGGUGGGACGCGUCAUAUCUUGCGGAUACUGCGGUCUCCAAGAUCUUCACUGUCGACGAAGUUGCUCAGCAAUCCUGGAUGAUUGGCACCGGAUUCAGUGACCCUUACAACCAGACGUCAUACUAUGCUGCGUCGAACCGGACGUAUGUUGUUGUGACAGUGUUUGGUCACAGCGCCGAUGCCAGCAACUCCGCCGAGCCAGUGGCAGAACUGGCAUGCUUGCGUCCUGCCUGGGCCGUUUUGCCGACGCCAACGACUACCAGCAGAACCACCAGCUCUUCGGUUCCAAGCGACGCCAGUACAUCCACUUUUGCUGUCACUGCGAGCACCAACCCGACCCUUUCCUCAUCGAAGGCGGCGACUACUACAUCUGCAUCGUAUUGCAUAGGUGGCACUGCAGAAACUGGCGUUUCUGGAGGAUUAACAGGGCUUUGCUCCUUCAGCUGCGACUAUGACCGUUGCGAAAAAUAUGCAUGCGUCUGCACGAAGUCUGCUUCGGCGGCGGCGGCAAUACCCACGCGAUCGGGCGUGCAGGGAUGCCCAGGAUCGGCUUUGGAUAAGGACAGUUACGACUACGAGUACUUCGUAAACUUAUGUGCUUUUACUUGUAGCCAUGGAUACUGCCCCGAUAGUGUUUGUCAAGUCUGCUGAAUGGAAUGGGUUACAACAGUGAUGAAGCUGUUU